ACAUUCCAUAGGCACCUCUUCAGAAGAACGCAUCAUCAUGAAAUACCUCAUCAUCCUUGCCCUGGCAUCCGUAGCCACCGCUGCAAAGUUGGACAAGGUCUACCUUCCUCCCAACGCGCAGUCAUCUGGCGGUGCUAACGCUGGUCUCCAAGCUCCCUUCGGUGCCUCUGGACCUUCAAGCUUCGCAUCAUCAGGCCCCCAAAGCUACAGCGGUGCCAGUGCAUCAUCAAACGCUGAGAUCUUGAAGUACGAGAACGAGAUCAAUGAAGAUGGAUACCACUACGCUUACGAGACCAGCGAUGGGACUAAGGCUGAGCAAGAAGGUCGCGUCCUCCCCGGCGCCGCCCCUGAAGAGGGAUCCCUCAAGGUCUCCGGCUCCUACUCCUACGUAGGAGACGAUGGUCAGACCUACACCAUCACCUACACCGCCGAUGAGAACGGAUACCACGCGGAAGGAGCUCAUCUGCCCACCCCCCCACCGAUCCCCGAAGCUAUCCUGAAGAGUUUGCAGCUGAAUGAUGGCGUACGAGAACACUACGACAGCCAAAAGAGCAGUUACGACGCCGACGCGGGAUACUAGUUUCGUUCUGACUGUACCCCCACAGUACAGUCAAACACAGAUUAAUUAGUUAUUUUUGUACAUUUUUACCUUUUUUAUUUAAAUUGGUUUGUGGUUGAUUGGACGUGAUGGCCAGUAUGUGUUCAAGUAGUCGUUACUGUUAACUU